GCAGCGCAGGCAAAGAAACAGGCUACCUGCUACCCGCAGGUCAAGUGUCUGCGACGCCUCGGCCUCCGGAGGAGGAGCUGUCCAGACUGAGUGCGGUCUUUCUCCCGCCCCCGUCCCCGCGGCUGAGGGCAUCAAAGAACUACAACUCCCGGCAGGCCGCGCAGCGCCCCGGCUUAACCAAGCGCAAUCUGGAGGGUGGCGGCAAAGUUGCCCGCGAAUCCCCGCCGCCCAGGUUGCGGCUGGAAGCCUAGCGCCGCGUCUUCCUGCUUCCCCACUCGGUGGAAAAGCCAGACAUUGGACCAGAUUAUUGGACACAAAAGCAUUGUGCAAUAAACCAGAAAGGAAGGAACAAGGAAGGCUGGAAGGUUGACUGACAAAAGGCUUCAUAGAAGGGUCUGGGGACAUGGCCAGAAGGGCUCUCAAGCUCGCCUCGUGGACCAGCAUGGCUCUCGCUGCCUCUGGCAUCUGCCUCUACAGCAACAAGUACUUGGACCCCAACGACUUUGGUGCCGUCAGGGUGGGCCGAGCAGUGGCCACGACGGCUGUGAUCAGUUACGACUAUCUUACAUCCCUGAGGAGUGUCCCUUAUGGCUCAGAGGAAUACCUGCAGCUUCGAUCCAAGGUGCACCUCCGCUCUGCCAGGCGCCUCUGUGAGCUCUGCUGUGCCAACCGGGGCACGUUCAUCAAGGUGGGCCAGCACCUGGGGGCUCUGGACUACCUGCUGCCGGAGGAGUACACCAGCACGCUGAAGGUGCUACACAGCCAGGCCCCGCAGAGCAGCAUGAAGGAAGUCCGCCAGGUCAUCCGCGAGGACCUGGGCAAAGAGAUUCAUGAUUUGUUCCUGAGCUUUGACGACACCCCUCUGGGAGCAGCCUCCCUGGCCCAGGUCCACAAGGCUGUGCUGCGUGAUGGGCGGACGGUGGCCGUGAAGGUCCAGCACCCGAAGGUGCAGGCUCAGAGCUCGAAGGACAUUCUUCUGAUGGAGGUGCUUGUCCUGGCUGUGAAGCAGCUGUUUCCAGAGUUUGAGUUCAUGUGGUUGGUGGAUGAAGCCAAGAAGAACCUGCCUUUGGAGUUGGAUUUCCUCAAUGAGGGAAGGAAUGCUGAGAAAGUGGCCCAAAUGCUGAAGCACUUUGACUUCUUAAAGGUCCCCCGCAUCUACUGGGAGCUGUCCACCAAGCGAGUGCUUCUGAUGGAGUUUGUGGAUGGCGGGCAGGUCAACGACAGGCACUACAUGGAGCGGAACAAGAUUGACGUCAAUGAGAUCUCGCGCCUCCUGGGCAGGAUGUACAGCGAGAUGAUCUUUGUCAACGGCUUCGUGCACUGUGACCCCCACCCAGGCAACGUGCUUGUGCGGAAGCGGCCGGACACGGGAAAGGUGGAGAUCAUCCUGUUGGACCACGGGCUGUACCAGGUGCUCACGGAGGAGUUCCGCCUGGACUACUGCCGCCUCUGGCAGUCGCUGAUCUGGACCGACAUGCAGAGCGUGAGGAAGUACAGCCAGCGCCUGGGAGCCGGCGACCUCUACCCCCUGUUCGCCUGCAUGCUGACGGCCCGGUCCUGGGACGCAGUCAACAAGGGCAUCGGCCAGACUCCCGUCACCACCACAGAGGACUCAGAGAUCCGCAACCAUGCGGCCAACUACCUCCCCCAGAUCAGCCAGCUCCUCAACCGUGUGCCGCGCCAGAUGCUGCUCAUCUUCAAGACCAAUGACCUGCUGCGGGGCAUCGAGGCCGCCCUGGGCACCCGCGCCAGCGCCAGCUCUUUCCUCAACAUGUCGCGAUGCUGCAUCAAAGCACUGGCCACGCACAAGAAGCAGAAGACCCGUUCACUCUUCAGAAGGGCCCGGAUCUCUCUGAGGGAGGCCGUCAGCUUAUGGAAGAUCAACCUUCACGAGCUCGUUCUGCAUGUGAAGGGGCUGAGGCUCACCGGCUGGGUCUGGGCUCUGCUCUGCUGGCUGCUGCCUGCUUCACACUGAGUGGACGCGCUGCCCCCUGCCCGGCGGUGGCCCCUGCCGCGGCUGAGGGGUCUCUUCAUCCCUCAUUCUUCCGUCGUGUCUCCACCCACUUGCCCUGUUUCUGCCCCGUGGAGCCCUGCGAUCCCUGCCUAUGGCACUGUCAUGCUCCGCCUCUGGAAAUCCUCUCCUGUGAAGCCCGUGUCUUGGGGCCUCAGGCCAUGUCCCGGGAGGGUUUCCAGCCAUUCCCAGGGGGAAGGCACCACGGUCUGCUUUCCCGCUCCCCGUCUGUGCCUUUGGGUUGGAUACCUGCCCCACCUGCUUCUGUUCACCUUUCUUGUGGUCAAGAUGGACUACUUAGCCCACCGAGGGCACAUCUAACUCACCAGACAUUUGGUUUUGCUGCAGAGGGGCUUGGUGCCUGAACUGCUGGAGAAGAGUUUUCUUUCUUUGCGCCAUCCCUCCCUGGAGGUGCCAACCUUCCUGGGGUGGCUUGGCCCCCGAGCCAGGUUCUGUUGCAGCUGUGAGUUCACAGCUGUCGUGGUGACCCGUUUGGUGACUUUAUGUACUGUGAUUCAAUAAAAACCACUUCGGGGCUUCAGGGCAA